CAGGAAGCGCCGCCGCCGCCGCCGCUAUGCAUUGUGGGGCAGCGGCAGCAGAUCCAAGAUGGCGGCCAGCAGGAGGCUGAUGAAGGAGCUUGAAGAAAUCCGCAAAUGUGGAAUGAAGAAUUUCCGUAAUAUCCAGGUGGACGAAGCUAACUUAUUGACUUGGCAAGGGCUUAUUGUUCCCGACAACCCUCCAUACGACAAGGGGGCGUUCAGAAUCGAAAUCAACUUUCCUGCAGAGUAUCCAUUCAAACCUCCCAAGAUCACAUUUAAAACGAAAAUCUAUCACCCUAACAUCGAUGAAAAGGGGCAGGUUUGUCUGCCAGUAAUUAGUGCUGAAAACUGGAAACCAGCCACCAAAACUGAUCAAGUAAUCCAGUCCCUCAUAGCACUGGUGAACGACCCCCAACCAGAGCACCCCCUUCGAGCCGACUUAGCCGAAGAAUACUCUAAGGACCGUAAAAAAUUCUGUAAGAAUGCUGAAGAGUUUACAAAGAAAUAUGGUGAAAAACGACCAGUGGACUAAAAACAACAACAACGACAACAACAAAAACAAAACACAACAAAACAAAAACAACAACAACAAAAAAUACACCUGACCGAGUUGAUGUCAGCAAUGUGUGAUAGAAGAGCUGAAGAAGAGCAUUUCAGACACACCCAAAAAGCAGGACUCUCUAUGGAAAUUGACAAGUGUCACCUCUUGGUGUUAACUUGUGGCUGUUAAACUAACUUUCUACCGUUUCUUAAUCAAAAGUGGUCUAGGUAAUCUGUAAAGAAAGGAUUAAAAAUUUAAGAUGUUCUAGUUCUGCUUUCUUUGUUUAAAAUCACUGCUUUAAUGUACUUUAAAAAAUGCUGUUUCCUUUUCCUUUCUCUUUUUUGUUUUCUCCUGGUCACAAUUUAUCAGAAAAAAAGUCUUAGGCUUAUAACUUGCCCUUUAAAUUCAGAAGGUCAUGGCUGUUGUUUCUUAUUUUCCUUUGCAAAUCUCUCUCUUUUUUUUUUUAUUCCCCAUUUUUUUGGUUGCCCCUUAUCCUUCCCUCCUCCCUCCCUCAGACAGAAGAAAACAAAACCACAGCUACUUAAUUUCUUAGCAAAAAGAAAACAGAAAGACAUUUUUUGGGGGAAAAAUAAGAGCUGUUUGUUUUCCCUGUCUUAAAACGUUGCACUGUGUUUUGUGGACAUGGGUCCAAGUUUUUUUCCGACUUUGGUUUGUCACAUAAACGAAUCUGCCGUAUGUACUCCAAAAAAAAAAAAAAAAAAACCCCAAACCCCACCAGAAUCAACCCCAGAUCUGUUGUAAAUCUGGCUGAUGUGGUUACAAUAAUGUUUAUUAAAUGGGGAACUCCAAGCUUUGCUUGCAGGAAGGAAUUGAAUGGCUUGUAUUCUGUUCAGGGGGAGGACAUUUUGGCACAAAAUAUCCUUUAGCAAAGCGGAGUGUAAUUUUCUUUCCCUUCCCUCUUCCCCCCCACCUUCCCUUUUUUUUAAAAAAAAUUACUCUCCACU